CAAAAUAGCCGACAGCGUAAACACAUUCUUGUAGUGAAAGUCACUGAAAGCCUUGCACAAGACAGUUUCAGUUGUUUGGUAUUUGUAAACAUCAAAGAAAAUAUCUUUUACAUUAAAAUGCCUCGACCAAAGGGACGAAGAAUGCUAGAGAAGCUCAAUAAAGCAAGAAAUGUUAUGCUAUCUGACAAGCUGCGUGGAAAUUCGUCUAGGUCUAGUUUAGAUCCAGCAUCAGAAGGACAACGUGGUGCAUCCAGAUCGAAAUUAGACCGUCUUUCAAUAAAUACUGAUGUUCCAAGUGAUCUAGAUCUACAAGAAACAGAGCAAUUAUGGACUAUUGCUAAUACUAAUCAGCUUACUGAUUUGAUGUCGGAUGCAUUAUGCCCUAAUUGUUUUCAGUCAAGUUUGACUAUUAGAGUUAUAAAAGAUGAAAACAUGGGGUUCGCAUCAAAGUUGAAGUUAUGUUGUAGAUCUAGUAGUUGUGGAUAUACUAAAUCAAAGUUUUCAUCUCCAAGAAUACAAAAAAGUAACUGUUCAAAUGUUGCAUUUGAAAUGAACACCAAGAUGGUUUUAUACAGCCAUGAGAUAGGAAAGGGUUUCACUUCGCUGCAGACAUUUAGCAGCGUCCUAGGAAUUUCUGGAAUCAGCCAGAGAGCCUUUAAAGACCAUGAUAAUAAAAUCACAGACUGUGAAGUGGAAUCUUAGGACAUAGUAAUAAAAAAAAAUAAAAAUUUUCUCACUGGCCGCUAGAGGAACCUCUUAUCUUUAGAAUAAACUCAAGAAAAUGUCAUAAAAACACUCAGUUAUAAAGCAAUGUCUUUUCUUAGGACAUGCUUAAUUUCAGUUUUGUAAAACCUGAACAGGAAAUUGUUUUGAUGUCAAAUGUGUUUUUAGAUCCAAUAUGGCCGCCUGUGAGAGUACCUAAUUUAGAGAUUCCUAUUUUUUUUUCAUUGUGAUAAUCUAAAAGUUUAAUUACUUUUUUUUAAUUUCAACCUUAGUUGUUUUUUUUUAAAUUAUAUU